AUGCCAGUGAAAACGAUCUCUUUGCUAUUGGCUAGUGAGGCUGCUACUCUCAAAUACAUCAGACUUCACAGCAAUAUACCCGUUCCGGAAGACAAUGACGUCGGCGUUCCCUACAUUUUGAUGAGCAAGGCCGAUGGCAUCCCGUUGGCAGAUAAAUGGAAGCCCAAUACAUCAACACGCGACAAUAGACUAACCCAAAGUCAGAUGGAAGGAGUUGUCUGUCAGCUCGGGGUCAUUACUGAGGCCCUCUCACGUCUGACUUUCGAUCAAGCCGGCUCAAUUAUUGAGGAAGGCGGAGAGUUCCUCACCACGACUUGUUUGACCCGUGGGUUACUUCUCGAUCAAAGAUAUGCCAUGGGAGAUAUACCUCGCGGACCUUUCAAGUCAGAGACUGAUUACUACAUAGCCCAUCAAUCGGCAUACUUUGAACAUGUGCAAUGCUAUCCUUUACGUUCCCACUGUUUUCUUGCGCCUAACCCUACUCAAGAGGACUACUACUGCACCCAUACCGGUUUCUUGAAAGCGUUGAUUUGGUGGAGCGACUUUGUGACCGUGGGAAUGAAGAUCAAUGGCUCGGAAAAUCGGGUCGACUACGUUAUUGCUGGAGAAGUCGUUCUUGAUCGGCUCAGAGACCAGACCCGUAGUUUCUCUAAUAGUCUUUCGAAUGGCUGCCAACGGUCCUUUGCACUUCACCAUCCGGAUUUAAAUGUCGACAAUAUCUUUGUCGACAAAGACUUCAAAAUCACCUGCUUAAUCAACUGGCAGUUCUGCUCUACUGUCCCCUUUACUACGCUGUUAAUACCACCUGGUCUACCACAGUCAUGGGAUGAGCUUGAUGACUCCUUCUCAUCCAUGUUCAAGCGUGGUUUUGAGCACGCGUUACAAGUCAACACAGCAGCCCGUGAUGUCGGUACCAAGUCAGCUCUUUGCGAGAUUCUAAACAAGAGCCGUCCCAUGUGGCUCUUCGAUCGUCUACUAAACCUCAACUCCCUGGCAGACCUCCAUCUAUUUCAGACCGCUUGGGACUUGAUCGACGACUCAACCCAGAGUGUCGAGGAGCUACUUCACUCGCAGCAGGCGCUGCAGAAGUACAAAAAACUGCACAGCGAACUGAGAAAGUAUGACAAGACGGAAUCAAAAAUUGCACUUAAGGAAUCGAGACAUUUUCGCAAUGAUACUGAACGGCUGGCGAUUGCUAGGAAAUUGACUUUGGUUUCUGAGUGGUCCUCGCGCUUUCAUGAGCCGGUACUCAGGAAGAACGGCGGCGCUUUUGUUGCGGACAAGCGGCUGUGGAAAUGGAUGCUAGAGGCACUUAAGAAUUGA